GCUUAAGACAGGAGCUACCGAUUUCAACUGCGUUGGCCUAACUCUCUCCGAAACAAUGAAUUAUACAAGUUUUAUCUUAGCUUUUCAGCUUUGCGUGAUUUUGGGUUCUUCCAGCUAUUACUGCCAGGCCGUGUUUUUUAAAGAAAUAGAAAACCUUAAGGAAUAUUUUAAUGCAAGCAAUCCAGAUGUAGCGGAUGGUGGAUCUCUUUUCCUAGAUAUCUUGAAGAACUGGAAAGAGGAGAGUGACAAAAAAAUAAUUCAGAGCCAGAUCGUCUCCUUCUACUUCAAACUCUUUGAAAAUUUAAAAGAUAACCAGGUCAUUCAAAAGAGCAUGGAUACCAUCAAGGAAGACCUGUUUGUUAAGUUCUUCAACAGCAGCACCAGCAAACUGGAUGACUUCAAAAAGCUGAUUCAGAUUCCGGUAGAUGAUCUGCAGGUCCAGCGCAAGGCGAUAAGUGAACUCAUCAAAGUGAUGAAUGACCUGUCCCCGAGAUCUAACCUAAGAAAGCGGAAGAGGAGUCAGGGUCAGUUUCGAGGCCGGAGAGCACUGAACUAA